AUGGCAGCCAGUGAUGUGGCUGUAGGCAUCAUCUUCCUGGCACAGACUGUGGUUGGAGCUCUGGGCAAUUCCUCUCUUCUCCUCCAUUACCUAGUUCUUUACUUCACUGGGUGCAGGGUAAGACACACAGACUUGAUUCUUCAGCACUUGGUUGUCGCCAACUUGUUAACCCUCCUGUGUAGAGGUGUUCCCCAGACAGUGGCAGCUUUCAAUUUAGAAAUCUCCCUUGGUGAUUUUGGAUGCAAACUAUUGUUCUGUCUUCAUAGGGUGGGCAGGGCCAUGUCCAUUGUAACCAUGUGCCUUCUGAGUGUCUUCCAGGCCAUCACCAUAAACCCCAAUGAAUCCAGGUGGGCAGGACUUAAAGUGAAAAUUCCCAAGUACGUUGGCUUUUCCAUGUACCUGAGUUGGAUCAUGUACCUGCUUAUUAAUAUUUUUAAUCUUAUGUAUAUGACUGGGAAAUGGAACAACACAACAAUGACAGACCUAAAAGAUUUUGGAUACUGUUCUGCUGUUCAUCCUGACUUAACCACAGGUUCACUGUUUGUAGCAUUGCUAACCUUCCCUGAUGCCCUGUGUGUGGGGCUCAUGUUCUGGGCCAGCAGCUCCAUGGUGCUCAUCCUGCACAGGCACAAGCAGAGAAUGCAGCACAUUCACAAGACCAGCUCCCUCAGGUCCUCCCCUGAGUCCAGAGCCACCCAAACCAUCCUUCUCCUGGUGAGCACCUUUGUCUCCUUUUACACACUUUCCUGUGUCUUUCAAAGUUGUGUGACUGUUAUUAAUAAUCCCAACUGGCUCCUGGUGAACACAGCUGCAAUAGUCUCUGGGUGUUUCCCAGCUGUCAGCCCCUUCUUGCUCAUGAGUCAAGACUCCAGUGCAUCCAGACUUUCUUUUGCCUGGAAACAGAAUAGCUCUCAGAGGCCUAAUCGGAGAAAGCGCAGUCCCCCUUAG